UGGCAGGUUAUAGAAGUUCAAGAAAAAAUGAAUAUAAUUGGGACUCUUUUUCAACUAAAGACAUUUUACUUGUAAUUGCAAUAGUAUUUACGUUCAUUAUGUUGCACUCAAAUUCAUUAGUAGUCGAUUCCAUCACUGAAAUCGAUUGCUCGGAAUCCAAUACAUGCAUGAAAUGUAUGAACAAAUCUUUGUGCAGCUGGUCCAUCGAACUGCAGUCAUGCUUUAACACAAAACUGCUGCAAGCACCGCGUGGAAAUCUAACAGUCCAUAACGAAAAGCACUGUCCACGGUUCACGGUGGUCAACAAAUCGUCCGUAGUCGGCGUGUCUUUUAAAUACACGAUCAGGAUAUCGAACGACGUGAAGGGUGCGGUCACGUCAUUCCUCAACAGCAGUAUGAUCACAUGUUGUAUCGAGUCUUGCGAUUUCCGGGGAUUGGUGGUCGACGACUCAAUCGUGUGUGCGGCGAUACGCACACCAUGGUCGUACUUUGCAGACGGCUCAAGAGCCAUGAUCUCAUACAUCUACGUCAUGUUCGGCGACAAAAAACUGCAAUUCGACAAUGACGCCGACCACUAUUACACCAUUUACGACCGCGACUGCGCGGCGUCUGCGGCCACUGCUGCUGACGACUGUGCGACGUGUCUCUGGAAUGACAGAUUCUACAAGCAUUACUUGAAAUGGUGUCCGACUGGCAACCCGUGUACGGGGUCGUAUCAGAUCUACGAUAAGCGGGACUUGGACGGUGACAAGAAAUUUCUGUUCACCGACGACGACGUGGUGCGCGUACGCUGCGCCGAAAUCAGCAUCUUGUCGGUGCGGCCGCUGUACGCGCCGCGGAUAGGCGGUGGCACCACCACAAUGACGAUAACCGUCCGGAACCACCGGAUGUUGGCAGAGAACAGAACUGUGACGGUGGCUGUGGCCGGACGACGCUGCGAAGACCCGGUGACAUACGAUAACCAGACAAUAACUUGCUCCUUGCUGCUGCAGUCGUCGGUCUCCAGCGCUGCAGCCGCCGCCGGUCCGGUCGAAGUUGUGUAUGCGUCUUCGUUGUCUUCGGCCCAGCCGUCGCAGAAUAAGAGGUUCACGCUCACAUCGUUGGAAACGGUCGGUUUCGUCGAUCCAGAGACGACGAGCGUUCGUCCGACCUGUGGGUCCAUUUCUGGCGGCAUCGCGUUGACAGUGCAUGGCCGUUUCCUGGACACCGGUAACGCCGUACGCGUGUCAGUCGUAGCAAACAUCAGUAAAACAGAAGUCGGAGAAACGGUCCUCAUGACAUGUAACACUGUGUCACGCGACCGGCACACAAUCGUCUGCCGGACCACCGCGGCCGUCCGCCACGACAAUUAUAACGCGACCGUCGCAUCGUCGGCCCGGGUGAAAGUUCAGUUCGACGGUGGUCCGAUCAAGUACGUCCAGAAUCCCGCCUCGUGGUCGUUGUGUGCGAUCGGCGAAUCGGCGUUGGACGCGGGACAGACGUUCGGUGGCACCGUUUCGGGCGGCACUUCGGUGCCGGUCCGCGGUGUCCGUUUUUCUUGUGUUUCGGACGCCCAGUUUUACGUGAACGAUAGGGACGGUGUCAGAUACCAGCACGCUACCGGUUGCCGGAUAGUGAACGACACGUACAUGGAGUGCCGGUCACCAGACAUGCGGCGCGCGUCGUCUGCCGUCAACGUAGCCACAGCCGCAGUGUUUCCGGAUUUCGGUGUCCGGGCGCGGGAUUGUGGUGAGGGUCGUGUGUCCGACUUGCCGGUGCUGCAGUCACAUCAGCAACGGUUGUCCGCAACCGCCGUCCGCAGUCCGUUUUCCGUGUAUGCCGAUCCCGUUUACGUUGAUUUCGAAAUCCGCGACGGUGCCGUCAUCAUUAGCAGCGACCAUCCGUCCUCGUUGGGCCAGGGCUACGUGGCCGGCGACGUGGCCGUCCGGUUCCAAAACUCAACGGGUGGUUGCCACGUCACUUCCUUGUCAUGGAACGAGAUCAUAUGCGUGCCAAACUCCACUACCACGCCCACCGUUCUCGAUCAGCUUCGACGUAUCGUGGUGACCGUGGGUGGCGACGGCGGGUAUGAGUGUGAUGUGCAGAAAAAGUCAAUCAACGCCUGGGACGACGGUAACCGCGGUAGUCGGUCGCUGCUAUUCACUAGCGUCACUUUCUCCUGUUGCAGUGGAGUUGCUAUCGUUUCGGGAGCGGUGUUACUAUUCGCUGUUGGUGUCCUAUUAUUCCGUGUCAUUACAAAAAAUCGGUACGUAAUAAGCGCGGACACCUGAUAAGAUGAUUAUGAUCAAAUUUAUCUUAUAGAUCUAGUUAUUAUUUACACUAUAUAAUUGUAUAAGAUUCUGAGCGGAGCUAUCGGCUAUGUGUGUUUUUUUUUAAAAAUGUACCUAUUCAAGUCUGACUCUUUUUCACCCUUUGAAGCAAUAAAUAAUAUGAUCGAGGGGUAGUAUUUUGUAGAAAAUUGGAUCUAGUGGGUACAUUAAGCAAGAUUCAAAAGUAAAGAAUUACCUGCAGUACUUUUAAAAAUAAACAGAAAAAAACAAAAAACAUUUAGACAAAACUGGAAUUUUCACUGAAAACCAGUAAUGGUAUAUAGACAGUGGCGGAUCUAGGAUUAUUUUAUGGGGGGUGCUUAAGUUAAGGUCUCGUAUUCAGGUAUUCCAGAAUGAGAUAUACUGAUGGCGAGACUUUUUUUAGUCCUUAAAAUGAAUAUGCCUAAUAUUUCAACUUUAAAAACAAUACUAUUUAAUAUGGCAUAAAUUCACUUUAGCUACGCCCUACAUUUUUUUUUUUUUGAAACAUACGUAUUUUAACGAGUUAAGAGCGAUAGUGCAAAAAUAAAUUGUGGAAAUCAUUAUUUUGGAAGUUAUAUUCUUCCAAAGUUUGGGAUUUUACGUAUUUACUCGCAUACGCACAACGCCAUACUUUACUGUCGCGCCCAGCGCCUAAAAAAGAAUUUUGAAUUUUUUUUACGUAUUUUAACAAGUUAAAAAUGAUGGUGAAAUCAGUAGUAUAUUUAUAUGUUUUACCGAACAUCCUUUUUUCAAUUUGUUUGAUUUAACAUAUGUAUUUGGGCAUUCUUAAAACGAUAGUGAAGUCAGAAUUUUUCGGUCAAACUUAGUUCUGAAAUUUUAGCUAUUUUAAGUCAUUCAUGGUGGUCUCACAUAAUAGGUCGAGGGAUAUUUUCGAUUUUAAUUAUCCGAGUGACCACAGCGAGCGAGUAACCACGCCAGGUGUAUAUGAAAAUACUAUACAUUUAAAUUAAGUAUAACUAAGUCUGACCGCCAAAUUCUGACUUCACCAUCGUUUUCGCAUGCUUAACGACGAGGGUCAUUUUGGCGGAAAACGGAAACCCCCGUAAAUAUGUAAUUUUAAUUAUUAAUUGUAUGUAUUAUUACCUAACCUGUACCAAAAAAAAAUGUCGGCUAAUAACCUUUGAAGUUGAAGCCUGUAAACUUUUAAAUAAAAAAAAAAAACUCUAGCAGGUCUAACGAAACAACAUUUUUUGAAGCGUAAAGGUGUACAAUGGCUUGAAUGGUGAACACUGAACAGUGCUUACUGAACACGCAGUAUAUUAUUAUAAUAUUAUGUACAUUGAAUAGUGUAUUAUACAGUAUAUAGUACAUACUACAUACCUUACAUUAGUUCAUUCUCGCCAGAAUAUUUACAAGUUUAUUAUGAACUUUUCUUAUUACAAAACAACUUUUUUUUAUCACGCAUUCACCGAAAGUAUGGUUUUCGAUAGCGGUUGAAGCGUUGGAAAGCGUCCACUUUCCGUCCAGCGGGCGGUAAAGUGGGAAUCCCUAAUAGUGCCGGGCGGCAAAAUGGAAAUCCCCAAAAAUGCUGCGCACACAUUUCACGCGCGUAUGACACAUGAAUUCUAUAACGCGGUCCUUAAAUAACAAACUUUUGGUUACAUCAGACAUAUUCUAAUCAUAUUGUACCCUCCAUGCGUGCAGACAGUUAAAAUAAAUAAAACCAAAUCGUUUCUUUCAUGAAAUAUUGUUGUUGUAGAAAAUUAUAGUCUAUAGUCUAGAUACUCUGUCCCACACUCUCCCACGAGAGAACAUGCCGGUUCUGCGCAGCCUCCUACGUCACCCUGCUGUCGAAACUGGUUCCCCUAAUACAGGGUGUGACGUGAGGGAACCAGUUUUGGUCGGUGUGCAGCAUAAUCUCUCGUGGGACAGAGUAUAGUAACUUUUUUUUUUAGUUUUAACUCUUUUUUAAAAUUAUUGUCGGUAAAAUUUUUUUUCAUUCUGUAAAAAACCUUGAAAAUUUAAUGCAAGAAUCCUCAUAAGUUGUUUUGAUAAAUGAUAGCAGUUCAAAAAUGUUGAAGAUCAUAUAGGUAGAAUAGUAUUUAUACGCAUUUAAAGUAAAAAUUCACUAAAAUCCCAAACAUUUUCAAUUUAUUUCUCAGUUAUAAUUUCGUAAAAAUGUCGAUUUUCAUGCAUAGCUAAUUCCACAUACAUUUUUCUAUCUUUAACAAAAAAAAAAUUUCCUGGGUAUAACGCUGCUAUUAUAACGCUAUUUAUAGCCACGAGAUCUUUUCGAUUUUUAAUAAUUUUUUUUUUUUAUUAUUUAUACAAGUAACACUUCAUCUCCGCUCAGAAUCAUUUUUCGUAUGGUAAUGAUUAACCAUUGAAUUCAAAUCCAACACAUCCAUUAUAAUUACAUACUUACUACCAACUCACUUGAAUACCUUUUUUAUUUAUAUUUAUUUUUAUUAUUAUUACACUUCUUAAUGUAGGUAUUAUAUUUUAACUAUAUAGCUUAAGUUAUAAAUUGUUUAAUACCUAUUUUGUAAAUUAAUUAAUGUA